AAACUUGGAAAUUAUAUUUAGAACUUUGUGAUAAAAAGCAAUUAUAUCUUCUAUCACCUUUACAACAUUCUAAAGUACUAAAAACUUUUUCAUUCAAAAAAUCUUUUAAUGAAAAACAAAGACAUAAUUUAGAGACACAACUCUUGUUUAUUUUUAAUAGAAUGAAAGGAGUUGGAAUUGAACCAGACGUAAAUGAUUUUACUCAUAUGAUGAAUGUAUUUAGUUUAAUAGGAAAUUCCAAAAUUUGCGAUAAACUUUGGGAAGAAAUGACCAAAAGGAAAAUUCAACCUAAUACAUAUACGUACAAUUCUUACAUAACUUCAUGCUGGGGAUUGAUCAAGUCAAAUAAACGAAAGGAAGAAGGGUUUCGGAAAGCUCAAAGAAUUCUGAUCGAUCUUAAUAAUAUUGGAAGGAAACCAAAUUUAGUAACAAAUUGCUUUUUAAUUCGAUUGUUUUCAGCGUCAAAAAGAUUGGAGAAUGCUCAAGGUUUACUUGAAACUAUUUUUUCUCAAAAAAAUAUUUCAAAAAAAAUAAGAAAAGAAAUUUUACGAAAUAAGUCAAUAGUAACUCACACUUUUAAUUAUUUAAUGAAUGCACAUGGCAAUGCAGGAGAUUUAUUAAUGAUGGAUAAGUGUUUUCAAAUUUUCCUAAAAACCGAAUUACCGCCGCAUAUUUAUAUGUUCAAUACGUUUGUUAGAAAUUCUAGUAGAAUGGAUGUAAAUAAAGCCAAAGGAUACAUUAAGAAAAUGACUCAAGAAUUUGAUUUAGAACCGACUCAUCAAAUAUUUGGUUAUAUAUUAUUUAAUUUAUAUGAAAAAGGGCUAACUAGAAAAGCUGUGGAAUUUUUAAAAGUUAUGCAAGAUGAAUUCGAGUUUCCUCCUUCUAAAUUAAUGUUGAUUAAAAUUUAUAUGUCAAUGUUAAGGAAAAAUAGACAUGACGAUGCAAAAGAAUUUGCAGCUCAGUGGAAAAUUCCUAUCAAUAUAUAAUAAAUUCUAUUAUUUUGGACGAAGCUUGCUUCUUUUUCGGUACGGACUGAUUUACAAGUUGUCAUGUGAUGAUAAUCUCCUUGUACGAUACUUGGAUCUAAUCCAAUGAAUUUGCUUGAUUUAUUCCCAAGUUCAUCGUCUCUUUUUCUCAAA